UUAUUUGCCUGGUGCUGGAGAAGAAGUCACUUCUCCAGGCUCUUCAGUGGGUGAUAAAAUGGGGAAUGUAGCUUGUGACUGACUGGCUGGGAAGACGAGGGUGCUCUGCUUUUCCUCAGCUCCAGCCCAGCCCGGACAUUAGAGGCAGGCAGGGCUCUUGCAGUUUUUAUGCUCCUAGUCACCUGCCAAGGACUCUUCCCUCCAUGGAACCAGAGCGGAUCCCUGGCACACAGCGGGCUGCAGAAGGGACUAAAUUGAACUGUCUGUCGGGGAUCUGUUUGGGGAAGAAAGGCUGCUAGCUCUUCCACCCUGAGGCCCCAUCCCAUCCCAGCUCCCCCAGACAGGAAGAGCGUGUCCUCCCUGGAUAGCCUCUCUCCACUUCAUUUCAUGGUAAGAGCUGAUCCAGUUCUCUUUCUCUCUCUGCCUUAAAUGGGGUUUGGGUGCCAGAGGAGCCAUGGUGGGGUGAGAGCUGCCACAUGCCUUAGGAAACACUGAAUGCUUUCCGGUGGAGGUGAGAAGCUUGGUGGGCGAGCUACGCCCACAGCACCCAGGGCUGCCUGUUCUCUGCACUCUCCCCACUCGAGCCUGACAAUUCCCUGACAUGGGCCAUUCCAAGGGAGACUGCUGCAGGUCUACCAGGAUCCUUCUAACCUCCUUCUAACCAUUCAGCUGACAGGCUCGGGGCUGCCCAUAUCCUGGGAUUGAUUCCUACCCUGACAGAAAGUAAAUAAGAAGCAUCUGGAUAAAAACAGACCUUGGCCUCUAUCAGAUUUAGCUCAGGAUGGCCUGAGAUGUGGGGACUUGCCUUCGUUCUUCUGUCAGUCUCUGGUGGAUUCCUGAACUGUACUCUUCUGGGCUCCUUGUGUACCCCCUGACGACCAUCUUGCCUGCCUUGGGUCCUGGCUCACCAUCAGCUCUAAUCUUUGUUUCCGGGUACCUCAUCCCCCUUACCUGAUCCUGACCCUGCUCUCCUGUUGUCCAUGAGUGUGGUGUGAUACUGUGACAUGGAGCUGGGCCAUUUCCCAAAUGUUACCACUAAUGCCACCUUCGAAGGACCGGGGGAGAGCAAUGGCGUCUUUAUCACUUUCUUCUUGGGAGGCGUCCUGGCCUUGAUUUGUCUGGUGGGCACCAUAGGCAACAUCUACACGCUGGUGGUCAUAAACUCUUCCAUGAAACUCGGAGGCUCCAUGUAUAUCUACAUUGUUAACCUGGCCCUGGCAGACCUCCUGUAUCUAUCCACCAUCCCCUUUGUGGUCUGCACAUAUUUUGCCAGGGAUUGGUACUUUGGGGACAUCGGCUGUAGGACCCUGUUCAGUCUAGACUUCCUCACCAUGCAUGCCAGUAUCUUCAUCCUCACUGUCAUGAGCACUGAGAGGUAUCUGGCUGUGGUAAAGCCUUUGGACACCAUCAGCCGGUCUAGGCACUACCGAAGAUUGGUCACUGGCAUUGUGUGGCUCGUGUCCUUCCUCCUGGCCCUGCCUACCAUGAUCCUCAUAGACCUUCGCACAAGCCAUCGAGAUGGGGUGACCAAGCACAUAUGUCACCCAACCUGGCAGCUGGAGGCCUAUAAGGUCUACCUCACCAUCCUCUUUCACACCUGCAUCCUAGCCCCUGGCCUGGCCAUCUGCUACCUGUAUGGCAGGCUGGCCAGGACCUACUGGCAGUCCCAGACAACUGUUGUCUUUUCUGCAGAGAGAACCAAGAGGUGCCCCCGGGAAAAGGUCCUUUACAUGAUCUUCAGCAUCGUCCUCACAUACUGGAUUUGCUUCAUCCCCUUUUGGCUUUGGCAACUGCUAAGCAUCUACGACCAGCAGCCUGGUAGUCGUGCUGGCAAUACCGGGGUCUAUAUCAACUUCCUUGUCACUUGCCUGGCCUAUGGGAACAGCUGUAUCAACCCCUUCCUCUAUACUCUACUAUCCAAUAACUACAAGGAAUAUCUCCAGAGCCACCAGAAGGGUGAUAUCUGUUUGUCCAAGCUCAGGAGCAAGAGGUCUCAGCUGUCUGGGAGCCUCGGGCAAACGGAGACCAUGGCCAUUGUCCAGAACAAGGGAGUGCUCUGCCAGGCCAGCUCUGUAUGAGAGAGAGAGUUAUUUCAUAAGAAGGGACUUCAGGACAUUAGAAAAGCAAAAACAAAAAACACCUUGUCUCAGACCUCGCCAACCUAGUUGGGAAGACAGUCGCACAAUGGAAAGAAUACUGGUGUAGAAAACAGGAAACUAACUCUUACUUGGACACUCUCUAGGUGACCUAGGACAAGUCAUCUACCAUCUCUGGACAUCAUUUCCUUUAUAAGUAAAACAAGAGUGUUGGACCAAAUGAACCCCAAGCCUCUUCCAGCCCUAACAUUUUGCAACCAUGUGAAAAGGGUCAUAUACUAUAUUACAUUGCUGAGAUUUAUCUUGUUUUAAGUGCACAUCAAUAAUAUAAGAAGUCGGUUCUUUUACAUCCUGGAGAUGAACCACACUAGAACAAUUUGCCCAACUGAAUGGCCACAAGAAUGUCCCAUCCUUCUCUCUCUCCUUUCUCCUUUCCAUGGACUUGCUGGUGCUGGGGAGACCCUAUCCGGAGGGACCAGUCCAAAGUGAAGUCAAGGUGGCAGGGCUGGCUGGGAGGAUGGUGGAAGAAGAAGGGAUGGGUAUCCCAGGCUCUUCCUUCCCACUAUUACUUCCAUUGGUGGCCUCUUCAAGCAGUGUCACCAGUUCUCUUUACCCCAUAACCCCUCCUUCCCAUACCCACUGUGGAGAAUCUGUUCUUGCCCUAGCACCCCUGAGUUAGUGCCUUGGACACUCUGAAUAUAUUUUCUUCAAAAAUACAGCGGAUUAGACAAAAUAAAAUACCUAGGAAUCUAUCUCCCAAGACAAACACAGGAACUUAGACAAAAUAAAAUACCUAGGAAUCUAUCUCCCAAGACAAACACAGGAACUAUAUGAACACAACUACAAAACACUCGCCACACAACUAAAACUAGACUUGAACAAUUGGAAAAACAUUAA